UUGUAUUGUUUAUCAAUUAAAAGUACAUAGUUGUUAAUGUUCUUCGACUUUUUUAUUCCAAGUUAUACUUAAAUUAUGCUAUCAUAAGUCUUAAUAAUAUAAAAAAAAUCGGUAACAGGUUAACUCACUGUGAUUAUAACUUACAAGUAGUAAAAUAAUAUACAUUAUUUUACCAACAAGUUCUUUUUUUAAGUAUCUUAUAUUUAAAUAUGAUACUAUUUAUUGUGAUAAGCUUCUAUAUUAAUUGGCAUUAACACAGUAAUAACACAGUGAUAAAAUAAUAUGGUUGAUUUUAUAAUAAGAAAGAUGUGUGACACAAUUUCAACUCAAUAUCGUAGAAUAAUUGAACCUUUGGAUAAACACAUAACAUUAAAUUUACGAGAAGGUGGUAUUCAAAGCAGACCAGCCAAAAGCAAUGGAUUAUGGUGUCAGUUUUUACUACCAUCAGUGUUGAACUUGUAUUGUAUGCUGGAAGAUGUGCCAAUUAUUUAUAAAAUAAGCACAUGUUUAUCGUUGGGGUUGGUCGCAUACUGCUCUCUAUUUGUUCUGUUUCUAUCUUUAUCAAGUCUCGUUGUAAGGGAACCUGUGUAUGGGGGCUGUGUUGCAGCAAGUUUUAUUUCUACACUGUUUAUGUAUGGUGUGUUAAAACAAGAUUUACUUUUAUCGUUAUCAGCGUCUGCAACAACCGUGAUGUCAUUUGUGUGGUUGCUUCGGCACUCCCUCCUUAAUCUUCCUAAAACUUUCACAAUAGGAGAGGCUGUUAUAGUUGUCCAAAGUGUGAUUCUGUUCACGGUUAUAUCUGUUCUACACAUAAUGUUGAGUCUUUCUACAGAAGAUGAGGAAUUGUUCUUUAUUCACGUUUCAAUUUUGACUGUGCUGUUAGCAGUAAGUUUGAUGAUAACAGGAUUAUUUUUACUAAGAACAGAUCUAAAAAGUAUAAGGUCAUUAAUAAUUAUAAUAGCAUUAGGGGCCACAUUUGUGCUAACCGUACUUCAUAUCCUGAUUGGAUCUGAUUUCAUGAAUCAAGCUGUAAAGUUAGUUUUUUUCACUGGAAAGAGGAAGGAAAUCAUUAUCUUUUGGUUAAUACUUGUCCUAUUAUCAAUAUGUGCAUUACUGAUACGUACAAAGUUAGCCGUUAAAGCUACUACAGUCACGAGGAAAACCUUUCAUGUACUGGCAUCACUUGUUUUCUUGUCUGGCAUACUGCUUGAUGUGCGACUGAUGGUCUUUGCUGCUGGAAUUGGACUUGCAUUGAUUAUAUUUAUAGAGGCUUUAAGAAAAAGUGAGAUUGAACCAAUUUCUUCAGCUCUUCAAUCUGCUUUCCUGGUAUACAGUGAUGAAAAGGACUGUGGGAGCCUGGCCAUGACCCCCCUAUACCUAUACGUGGGGCUAGCCUGUCCGCUCUUGCUAGUUCCUUCCCAUAGCUCAGACCACACUCUCGAGUUACUCAGUGGAGUGCUCUCUAUCGGCGUGGGGGAUACUGCAGCUAGCUGGUUUGGGUCUCGAUUCGGCUUCAAUAAGUGGCCUGACAGUAGUAGAACAAUGGAAGGCACAGCAUUUAAUAUUUUAUCACAAAUAGGAACAGUUUAUACAUUAAUUUUAUUUGAUUUGUUACAUACAAAAAACGCAUUGUUUCGGACAAUUAUUGUUGCAAGUGUAGCUGGUCUCGUAGAAGCGAAGACUGAGCAAGUCGACAACCUAGUCCUGCCCCUUAUUACUAUGGCCGCAUAUCAAUUAACACGAUUAUUUUUUUAAUUUUAACAAUUUUACGACAAUUUCUAGAUAUUCUAGAUCAAAUUGGAGAUUAACAAUUGAAGCUUUAAUGUUACCGUAAUGAGAUAACGAUUUAAUGUAAAUAUAAUAUCCUAAAUGUAUUUUAUUGAAAAGCAUUUAGGUAUUGUUACCAAAAUUACUACACAAAAUUAGAAUAAAAAUGUGUGCAUCUCGGCUCCGCAACGUGUUACGUAACGAAGCCAUUUACCAUCCCUUUUAAGAAGUUAAAACUUCAAAAAGAUUAUAAGGGUAUACUUACAUGACAAAUAAUAUAUGGACUGAAAUAAUAUAUGAAUAUUGGAAUACGAAAAGUAAAAUGAACAUAAUUAUAAAAAUUGUGUAGCUAGGUUGCUAGGCAGGUGGUAUUAUAAUUAUUGCAUAAUUUACGAGUUAUUUAAAUAAUCAAAUUAGUCAAUCACAUUCCUAUUUACCAAAGUGCUCAUAUUUUAUACAUGUUUUUAAAUAAAGAUGUAAUUGUUCA